UCCGGGCCCCGAUUGCGACCCCUGGAAAGACGAGGCUCACGUUCCGUCCCGAUUCGAACAGAGGUCGACCGCAGCAGCACCGUCAUCGCCACCAUGGCCUCGGGAAACGACCGGGCCACUGUCGUCUCCGGCGCCGACGUGGGCGACGCGGCCAGGCGACGCAAUGUCCCGGGCACGCCGCAGCAGGUGCUCGUCCCACAGCCGCAGCAACCUGACGACAAGAAGCCCAAGAAGGAGCCCUCCGUCCUCGAGAUACUCGACGAAUGGGAGUGGCUGAUUGCCCCCAUCAUCUUCACUGCUUUCGCCUUCUUCACCCGCUUCUAUAAGAUCGGUCUCUCGCCCAUUGUCACUUGGGAUGAAGCUCACUUUGGAAAGUUUGGCAGCCACUACCUGAAGCGCGAGUUCUACUUCGACGUGCACCCCCCUGCCGGGAAGCUCCUCGUCGGCCUGAGCGGAUACCUCGCCGGCUACAAUGGAUCGUUCGAGUUCAAGUCCGGCGAGACCUACCCGCCCGAGGUCAACUACACCUUCAUGCGCCAGUUCAACGCCUUCUGGGGCGCCAUCUGCGUGCCAAUGGCCUACUGGACCGCUAAGGAGCUCCACCUGAGGCGCCCUGCUGUCUGGCUCGUCGCCCUGAUGGUCCUCUGCGAGAACUCGUACACCACCAUCAGCCGCUUCAUCCUGCUGGACUCGAUGCUCCUGUUCGGCACCGUCGCCACGACUCUCUGCUGGGCCAAGUUCCACAACCAGCGCAAGAACAGCUUCGAGCCCGAGUGGUUCUUCUGGCUGUUCAUGACCGGCCUGAGCAUCGGCUUCGUGACGAGCGUCAAGCUGGUGGGCCUCUUCGUCACCGCGCUUGUUGGCCUGUACACCAUCGAGGACCUGUGGAACAAGUUUGGUGACACCAAGAUGCCUGUGACCGAACUGGCUGCCCACUUCUUUGCUCGCGUCGUGGGCCUCAUCAUCUUGCCGUUCCUGGUCUACCUGCUCAGCUUCGCCAUCCACUUUGCCGUGCUCACGAACAGCGGGCCUGGUGACGCCCAGAUGUCUUCGCUGUUCCAAGCCAACCUCCGCGGCACCGACGUCGGAAGGGACAGCCCCUUGGAAGUCGCUUAUGGCUCCAUGGUCACGAUCAAGAACAUGGGCUAUGGCGGCGGCCUCCUCCACAGCCACGUCCAGACGUACCCGGAGGGUUCUACCCAGCAGCAGGUGACCUGCUACCACCACAAAGAUGCUAACAACAACUGGUUCUUCUACCCGAACCGCCGCGAUAUUCCCUACGACCCCGCCGCCGAGCCCCGCUUCAUCGGCGACGGCGAGGUCAUCCGCCUGCUCCAUGCCCAGACCGGCCGCAACCUGCACUCGCACCAGAUCGCUGCCCCUAUCACCAAGUCUCAGUGGGAGGUUUCUUGCUACGGCAACGCGACGAUUGGCGACGAGAAGGACCACUGGAAGAUCGAGGUGGUCAGUGACGCUGCGUCCCGCGACCGCAGCAGGAUCCGCACCCUCACCACGGCCUUCCGCCUGAGGCACGAGACUUUGGGCUGCUAUCUCCGCGCCGGCAACGUCAACCUGCCUCAGUGGGGCUUCAAACAGAUUGAGGUUACCUGCACCAAGGAGAACAACCCGCGCGAUACCUACACCCACUGGAACAUCGAGGCACACGUCAACGAGAAGCUGCCCCCUGGAAACCCCGGCCUGUACAAGUCGCCUUUCCUGAAGGACUUUGUCCACUUGAACGUCGCCAUGAUGACCUCGAACAACGCGCUCGUGCCCGACCCGGACAAGCAGGAUGAUCUCGCCUCGCAGUGGUGGCAGUGGCCCAUCCUGCACGUCGGCCUGCGCAUGUGCGGCUGGGACGACAGCAUCGUCAAGUACUUCCUCCUCGGCAACCCGCUCGUCUACUGGGGCUCGACGGCCGCGCUGGGCGUCUUCGCCGGGCUCGUCGCCUGGUACACGAUCCGCUGGCAGCGCGGCUACCGCGAGCUGUCGCCGCCGGAGCUCGACCAGAUCCACUACGCCGGCCUCUACCCCGUCGCCGGCUGGUUCCUGCACUACCUGCCCUUCGUCAUCAUGGCCCGCGUCACCUACGUCCACCACUACUACCCGGCCCUCUACUUUGCCAUCCUCACCUUCGGCUUCCUCGCCGACUGGUUCCUGCGCAACCAGCGCGCCGUCGCGCAGUACGCCGCCUACGCCCUGCUCUACGCCGCCGUAAUCGGCCUGUACAUCUACUUCAUCCCCAUCUGCUGGGGCAUGACCGGCCCCAACAGGAAGUACAGCUACAUGAAAUGGUUCGAGAGCUGGAGGAUGUCGGAUGCGUGAUUCGGCUGCGAAAGUCUGCUCGGCAGGGGGCAUCUUUCUGGAGGCGGAGGACGAUGGGAGUGUGAGUGAGCAGCAAAGCAAAAGAAAGGUGGAAUUUAAUGCCUAUCUGGUUUGCGUGUCUGUCUGAGAGUGUACGAUUGGUGGGUUGGGGUGGUGAGUUGGGAUGU